AAGAAAAAAGAAAAAAAAAAGCGCAACAUGUGCGUUUUGAGAAAUUCCGGUGCGGUUUUGCAAUGAAACUAUAACUGACAUGCAGUCAUAGAGGAAGACAGAGGCGAGGCGAGGCGAGGUGAGGUGAGGGGAGGGCCGCAGAAAUGUCAAACUGCUUCACCCAACUCAAGAUGGAUCCUCGCUGUUUGCGUUAUCACAAACAGAAAAGUUGAUGCUACUUUUAUUUAUUUAAUUACUUGUCCAUUUGAGCCUUCCUCAGCAAGCCCUCGUUAACGCGACAAUGGAGUCCGACAUUAAGGAGAUAAUAGAGGAAUUCAUGGGGAGUGCGCCGGCGCAGUGGGUUCAGCUGUUUGAGAAUAUGGUGGAGAACGAGAGCAGCAUCCAGCUCUACAGCCAGUACAUGGAAGUGAACUCGGUUACCCAGAGUGCUCUGGACCGCUACAAGAGGCUGACCAAUGGGGUGUUCCUCAAUGAGGUCAUGAGGAUCAUAGACCCAAACCCCAAGGUGGAGCGGCUCUACAACAGCGAGAAGGAUGACCACAUGCUGAGAGUCCAGAACUUCUCCAUUUUAAAUCGGCACCUCAGGGCCUUCUACCAGGAAGACCUGCAGCAGUUGAUCCUCAUGCCGCUCCCAAAUGUCGCCAUACUGGGGCAGGACCCCCUAACAGAGGCAGCUGUGGAAGAGCUCCGGAGACUGCUGCUGCUCCUAUUGGGAUGUGCCGUGCAGUGUGAGAACAAGGAGACCUUCAUCCAGCAGAUCCAGUCUCUGGACAUUGAGACCCAGGCAGCCAUUGCCAUCUGUAUUCAGCAGGUGACCCAGGAUCCUAGAGUGGUGCUGCCUCUUCAGUGGGAGGAGCUGGUGGAGGCAGAAGGUGCAGACUUACAGCUGGUCUUCGGCUCUAUGGCCAAGCAAAUCCAGACCCUGCUGGCACAGAGAGACACGCACCUUGAGAGGAUAGCAGAGCUGUGUCAGGAGCGUGAAGCCACCGGUGAUUCAACAACGGCGCCGCUGAGGGGCCACGUCGAUGAUCUGCCGCAGAGUCUGGCCCUCCAGCUGGCCGACAGCAAGGCCAAACUCCGCCGCUUCAAACAACAACUGGAAGACAAAGGCGAUCAGAUUUUGGAUUACAAGCAGGAGAUUCAGACGAUGGAGGAUCAGCUGAAGAAACUUCAAAAAGAGAACCGUUCUCUGCAGAGCGAGGUGAGGGGCAUGCGCGCUCUGCGGGACGAGCUGGACUGCGCCCGGGAGCGAGCUGCACGGACCGAGCAGCUCCAGGCUGAGCUUCAGAGCUGCAAAAACAGACUGCGCAGCCUGGAUCUGACUCGCACUCAGCUGAAGGAGCAGCAACAUUUGUGCGCAGCACUGCAGGAGACUAAAAGUCUUCUAGAAGAGCAGCUGGCAGAUGCUCGGGCUCGCUGCUCCUCCAUACGGGAGCUGGAGAAGGACAAUCUUCUUCUGCGUCAGAGAAUCAUGGACGUGGAGGCGGAGCGGGACACUGAAAGGCAGCGGGUCGACGAGCUGCUGGAGAUGAACAUGAGCCUUGAGGCAGACCUGAGGCAAAGGAGCACGGCAAAGAGAGGCGCGUCCUCCCCGAAUGUCACCCUCCAUCAGCGUUUCCUGCAGUCAGAACUGGACUCUGAGGAGGAGCUGUGCGAGCUGAUGGAUCAGAAGCCGCUGAGUGUGGAAGUGGGUGAGGCCUCAACGCUGAGGCUGCUGGGAGCAGAACAGGAGAACGCUGAGCUGAGGAGGAGGCUGGAGGAGCUGCAGGCUCAGCAGGAGGCCCAGCAGGAGGCCCAGCAGGAGCUCCAGCAGGAGGCGGAUUCGCCAGAUGCCAAAGAUGAGCUGGCCUGCCUCGAGGUGGAACAUCAGAAAACACUCAGGGAGCUUCAAAACUUGAAGAAUGAAAAUGCCACUCUGAAGCAGCGGCUGGAGGAGCUGCUGGGGGAGCUUCGACACCUACGAGAGACGAGGAAGGAGGAAGGUGUGAAGAAGCCGGGCCGAGAGAAGGAAGGGGAGGUGAUGAGAGGAGUCCAGGGCUCUGAAACCAGCAGGGGGGAGGGGGAGGGAAGGGUGAGGCUGAUGGAGGAGAGGGAGAAAAGGGGCGAAAUCAUAGGGACGCGGCGGGAAGCAGGAGUGGGUGAAGAGGGUCUCCGUGUUCAAGUGGAAAAAGGCGAACUCUGCGAUGAGGAGAUCAAGACCAAAAGGAGGGGGGAGGCUGAAGGUGGGCAGAAAGAACUUGAAAAACAGGAGAAGGAGCCAAAGAUGGAAAGCUCCGGAUCAGAGAGCCUGAAGCACCCCGAUGAAGACAACGCCGAGACCGCAGAGGCACACCCAGAUGUGUGUUCCCCGUCCGGUCCCGACCUGGAGCUCCUAACGAGCCGACUCCAGGAGGUCCAGGAGGAGGCCGACCGACAGGCGAAGUCAGCUCAGGACCUGCGUUCGAAGCUGGGGGAGCAAAGCAGGAAGACGUGGGAAGCUGAGCAGAAGCUGGUGCUGGUGGAGGCCGAGCUACAGCGUCUGAAGAGAGCUGGAGAGAGUCUGAUGGAGGCCCGCCGGCAUAUAGAGGUUCUUCAGUCGGAGGGUCUGACCAUGGAGGAGGAGCUGUGCCGCCUGCGGAGCCAAGCGGAGCUUCACCGGAUGCAGACCACGGUCAUCGCCACCCUGGAGGGGGAGCGGGCGGCGCUGGAGAGGGACAGGGACACGCUACGCAGCACGGCGGACGCCCUGCGAGCCGCCCAGCGCAAGACGGACCAGCUGGAGCUCACCACCCAGGCUCUCAGAGCGGAGCUGGAACGGCAGGGCCGCAGUCUGGAGACCUCGCGGCGUCGGGAGGAGCAGCUGGAGGCGGAGCUCCGCGAGGCCGCCCUGGAAGCCGGGUCUCUGGUCCGAGCGCGGGACCAGGCGCUGCUGGAGGCCUCGCGGCUAGAGCAGGAGAAGGAGGCGUGCCAGUCGGAGCUGGACGGCGAGCGGAAGCAGGGGCGUCAGCGAGAGAGGGAGGCGGCGAGGCUCAGGCAGCAGCUGGAGAGCACGACCCUGGCCCUGGAGCACAGCAACCAGAGAGCGUGUGCCCUGGAUGCUGAACACAGACGUGUGUGUCAGCAACUGACUGAGUCCAAGGAGCUCCGCGCUCAGCUGCAGGACCUGGAGACGAAGCUCAGCUCUCGACUGAGCGGCGUGGAGCAGGAGAAACUGCAGCUGCAGCAGCAGCAUGCAGAAGCUCAGGCAAAGAUCACCUCACUGUCUCAGGAUCUAUCCAGUGAGCAGGAUCGUGCUCAGAAACUGGCGGCUGAAGUCGACGGCCUCAGGCAGAAGUUGCAGAGAUCCGAGGCGGAGCUCAAGGCGACAACAGAUUCUCUGCAGCAGUCUCAGGAGAGAGCCGAGUCGCUCUCACAGCAGCUGAAGACUGGCGGAUCGCAUCGCGUUUCAAAUUCAGAGCCGUCGUACAGAAACGAGACCCAACCGGAUGAAAGCCCUGAAACCAGCAAAGAUCUCGCCCCGUGCGCGACCCGGCGGCACACCACAGGAGAGUCAGAGAGGCUGCUGAGUGAGAGGGUGUUGGAGCUGGAGAAGGAGAGAGCCGUGGCAGCGGCAGGGCAAGAGGCUUUGCAGAUGCGCUUGUCUCAGUCCCAGGAGGCGUGCGAGCACCUCAAGGAGCAGCUGGAAGCUCUGCGUCGGCACUCCCUCAGCCUGCAGGACUCCUGCACGAGUCUGCAGACGCUCAACACUCAGCUACAGGUGGAGCAAGCGUCUCUGAGCUCCCAGCAUGCAACGGUGUUGGCCCGCUGCAGCGAGAGCGAGGCCCGGCGCGCGACCCUGGAGGCCGAGUCGAAGGUGUGGGCGCGGGAGCGAGAGGAGUCGGCGGCCAGGAUGGAGGCUCUGAGGCGGGACCAUGAGCGGAUGACGGCGUUGCAGCAGCAGCAGGAGGUGGAGCUGGAGGAGCUGCUGGAGAAACACUCCCAGCUGAGGGGCAGCUAUCGCACCCUGGAGGCUCAGCACAGGGAGCUGGAGGGGAGGUACAAGGAGCUCCUGGAUAGUAAAACCCAGCUGGAGGAGAGGGAGAGAGAGAUAAAGGUGGCGAGACAGAAGAUGGAAGCAGACGCCCAGAGGACGCUGGAGAGAGAACGAGAGCUGGAGAGGCUGAAAGAGGACAAUGAGAGGCUGCAGGCCCAGCAGAAGGACUGGUUGGCCUCACAGGCGGAGCUGCUGGCUCAGGGCUCUGUGCUAAAGGCGGAGCUGAGUGCCUCCCAGCUGGAGAAGACUCGAAUGGAGGGGGAGCUCAGCGUCCUGAGAGAAACCAAUCAGAGUCUGGACCUCAGCAACGCUCGGCUCACCAGCCAGUACCAG